AAAGCCCCUCCAGAAGAGGGAACUUUUUCUCCGAGGGGGCUCCAAGGAGAAGGCCAUGAAUUACGAAUUUGAGCGAGAGAUUGGUUUUAUCAAUAGCCAGCCGUCGCUCGCUGAGUGCCUGACAUCUUUUCCCCCUGUCGCUGAUACAUUUCAAAGUUCAUCAAUCAAGACCUCGACGCUUUCACACUCGACACUGAUUCCUCCUCCUUUUGAGCAGACCAUUCCCAGCCUGAACCCGGGCAGUCACCCUCGCCACGGCGCUGGCGGCCGCCCCAAGCCGAGCCCCGCGGGCAGCCGCGGCAGCCCAGUGCCCGCCGGCGCCCUGCAGCCGCCCGAGUACCCCUGGAUGAAGGAGAAGAAGGCGGCCAAGAAAACCGCACUGCCGCCCGCUUCGGCCGCCGCCGCCACCGGCCCUGCCUGCCUCAGCCACAAAGAAUCCCUGGAAAUCGCCGAUGGCAGCGGCGGGGGCUCCCGGCGCCUGAGAACUGCUUACACCAACACGCAGCUUUUAGAGCUGGAAAAAGAAUUUCAUUUCAACAAGUACCUUUGCAGACCCCGAAGGGUGGAAAUAGCAGCGCUGCUGGAUUUGACUGAGAGACAAGUGAAAGUGUGGUUUCAGAACCGGAGGAUGAAGCACAAGAGGCAGACCCAGUGCAAGGAGAACCAAAACAGCGAAGGAAAAUUUAAAAGCCUCGAAGACUCUGAGAAAGCGGAGGAGGAUGAGGAAGAGAAGUCGCUCUUUGAGCAAGCCCUCAGCGUUUCCGGGGCCCUUCUGGAGAGGGAAGGUUACACUUUUCAGCAAAAUGCCCUCUCUCAGCAGCAGGCUCCCAAUGGACACAAUGGCGACUCCCAAAGUUUCCCAGUUUCGCCUUUAACCAGCAAUGAGAAAAAUCUGAAACAUUUUCAGCACCAGUCACCUACUGUUCCUAACUGCUUGUCAACAAUGGGCCAGAACUGUGGCUCUGGCCUAAACAAUGACAGUCCCGAGGCCCUCGAGGUCCCCUCUUUGCAGGACUUUAACGUUUUUUCCACAGAUUCCUGCCUGCAGCUUUCAGAUGCAGUCUCGCCCAGUUUGCCGGGUUCCCUCGACAGUCCUGUAGAUAUUUCAGCUGACAGCUUUGACUUUUUUACAGACACACUCACCACAAUCGACUUGCAGCAUCUGAAUUACUAAAAACAUUAAAGCAAAACAAAGCAUCACAAAA